AUGACGCCCAGCGGGCGCCCCGCGGGGCCCCGCCGCUCCCCCCAGGCCUGGACUGUGAAUCUGGUUGCGAUGGAGACUGUGUCCCUGGAGCACCAGAUCCAGAGCGUGCAGCGCCACAUUGCUUUCCUGAAGAAGGAGCAGAUGGAGCUGCUCCAUGACCUGCACCUGGAGAUCCUCCGCCUGCAGAAGCACUGCUCAGAGCUCACCCAUGACCUGGAAAUAAAGGAGCUGGAAGCCCGCCAGCAAGAUGUGCUGGAUCGGGAGCUGGAGGAGAAGUGCCGGGCGAUGGAGGCGCAGCUGCAGGAGAAGGAGAAGGACAACCUGGAGCUGCGCAAGGAGCUGCAGCACAAGGAGACGCUGGUGGCCGCGCUGCGCUCCAGCCUGCGCAGCAAGGAGCGCCGGUUCCUGGAAGAGCUGAAGCGGCGGAGCCACCGCGUCACCAUCCUCGACACCGAGCUGCAGAAGCAGACGGAGGCUGCCGCGUACCUCUCUCUGCAGCUGCACGCCACGGCCCAGCGGCUCCCGGGGCCCCGGCCGGCUGGGAGGCCGCCCCCCGAGCAGCCUACCCCAGGACCCCCAGCCGAGGGCAGACCCCGGCGCCGCGGCCACCGGGCGCACCCCCGGCGCCCACCCGGGGACACUGGUGCCCGGCUCAGGGACCCCGUGCAGGAGGAGCACGACGCCAUGCCCGACCCGGCUCUCUUCCUCUACACGGCACGGCCGCACGCCCCGCAGCGACCACCGCCGGAGCCCCCCUCCCAGGCCCGUGGCACCGCCGGUGCCAGCGCAGCCCCCCGAGUGCAGAGGGCCCCACGGCAGCCCAUGCAGGAGCCGGUGGCCAGGGCCAGGUCGGCCAAGAGCGAGCCUGGCAAAAGGCAGGGGUCUGGUGCCCACGGUGCCCCCCGGGCCCGGGAGUAG